AAGCCCUAACCUCAAAUCCCUUUUGGCCCAAACAGUAAUAAUACCGGAAAGUGGCGAGGUGAGGUUGUUCAUUUUCAUUACGUCUGGCUUUAUCCCCACACUUUUGCCUCCAUUCUCUUAAAAUCGGCUCCCUCAACCGCGACGGUACAACGUCAACGUUCUCCGGUUUCGUUUCAGCGUCCGGGUUCCCGCCGCUUCCAUCCUCAUUGUACAUUUAUGAUUCUUAGCUAAAGCUGUGGACUUCAAUCGUAAGUUUGGAGUGUAGAUGAGCAGGCGACUUUGUCUUGUUGAGCAGGUGAAUUUGUCUUGAUGCUAUUGAACUAGUACCUGGUUAUUCAGAGUAUGGCUUUGUCAAUCUCGAGAAGGAUUGCACGUUCUUUUGGUUCACUGUCUGCCUUGAGCUUACGCGCAUCUCCAACUGUCGCAGCUCGUUCAUUUAAAACUUCUGAAUUGAGUGGUCGUAUUACUGGGGAUAACUUGCCUCUUGCGCAACAUUUUAGCCUUUCCAAGGGUGGUCCAUCUUUCCUUGGUUUUCGAAGGUUUUCAACUAGAAUUUUGACUCCUGAUUCGAACGGAGGUGCUUUUCCGUCUGAUUUACUCUCUUCAAAGACCGUACUAAUACCAGAGUGCACUAAUGGAUUUUAUGAGGACCUUGUAGUUCCCGUGACAAAUUUUCAUAAUGAAGAUCGUGGCUUCAUGGUUUUGGCUGGUGAUGUUUUUGAUGUACCUAUUAGAAAGGAUAUUAUCCACCGUGUUGUACGAUGGCAACUUGCAAAACGACAACAGGGAACACAUUCAACAAAAACUAUUAGUGAGGUUAGUGGGACUGGUAGGAAGCCCUGGCGACAGAAGGGUACUGGGCGAGCCAGGCAUGGAACACUGCAGGGUCCCCAGUUUCGAGGUGGUGCUACUAUGCAUGGCCCCAAACCUGGAAGUCAUGCUUUUAAAUUGAAUAAGAAGGUUAGACGUCUUGGACUGAAGAUUGCACUGUCUGCUCGUGCUGCUGAAGGAAAGCUUCUUGUCUUUGAGGAUUUGGAGGUCCCUACACACAAAACCAAAAAUAUAGUUAACUAUGUGAACCAAAUGGAGAAUGCCAAGAAAUUUCUGCUGCUGGAUGGUGGCCCCAUAAAUGAAAAUUUGAAGCUAGCUACACAAAAUCUACAUUAUGUCAAUGUAUUGCCAUCAAUUGGCUUGAAUGUGUACAGCAUCUUGCAGCAUGACACAUUAGUGAUGUCCCGCGAUGCUGUUAACAGGAUUGUUGAGCAAAUGCACAUUCCAAUCAACCGUUAAACAAGAAUCCCAUCAAUUGGUCCUUUAGUUUUCUCUUCGAAUAGGAAGCCCUUUAUUUUGCCCAAAGCAGCUUGGGAGAUAAAAGAGAAAUCUCAAACGAUUUGUGUCUUAUCUAUGAACUGAUAUGUUCAAAUGCAUGGCAGUUAGCAAGAGGAACAGUUUGAUUGUGGAGAGCUACAGCAGGAUAGCAGUAGGGUGUAUAAAAGAUCCUAUACUAUGUCCGCUACCCUUUAUGGAAUUGGUUAGAGGCAUUGCAAAAAUUGUUAAGGAAAGGGUAGUCGUACUUCGUUGUGUUAGAAGGAGUGUUAACGCGAAAGCAGACGAACUUGUACUUAUUAGGAGAGUUUAAAUGCAUGAAGGGGGUCUUUUUUGAACAUUGUUUGAAUGUGGUCAUGUUCUUAUUAGGAGAGUUUAAAGGACGAUAUUGUACUUCAA